AUGAGAGCUUUCAGUGUCGUAUCUGUUGCCUGUAUUGUGGCUUCUGUUGCUGCAUUCCAGUAUCCCGACUUUGUGCCCCUGAGCAAGCGUCAGGCACCUGGCACUCCAGAGUACGAAUGUCACGCCAACUGCGGCGGUAUAAUCACGGCAUCACGCUCGGAUGGCUAUUGCGACUCCAGUAACUUUAAGAGUAUGCUGAGCGAUUGUCUGGACUGCGCCCUGGUGUAUGACAUUUGGAAAUACUACGGCAAUUCUGUGUCCUCUGCUGCCGAAAACUGCGGACUCGAUGCGACUCCUGUUGAAACGACCCCGUCCAGUGCGUCUACCGCAACUGAAACUACCACUUCCAACGAGACCGAAAGCGAGACCGCGUCAACCAGCACUGUUGCAGGAUCGUCCUCGGAGGGCGCUUCAUCAACGGAGAUAACGGCCGACUCAACUACUGUGAAAUCAACCUCUGUCAUCCCUACAGCAACCACUCCUGUCACCCAUACCUCUCCGAGUAGCGCGACAUCAACCACCCCCACCCCGUCCGACCCGGAGUUUACUGGCGCCGCUACCUUCAACACCCCCGGUUGGUUGCUCAUGGGCGGCCUCGCUGGAGCUUUUGCGGCGGUUCUCGUACAAUAG